AUGGGUGAGUAUGGAAAAGUGCAGGAAGACAACGAGCAGGAAGAAGACCAGCCCGUGGAAAACGAAGAUGGAGAGGGGGAGGUGGAGGAGGAAAGCGAGGGAAGCUUAUGCAGUGAGCCAGAGAGCUCGGGCUCGGGAACAGAAGAGGAGUACUGCUGUCCAGCUUUGUCCAUACUGGACCCAUCCCUGGUGCCUGAUGACCCCAUGAAUGAGGAGUAUGGCUGUGCCGAGGUUCAGUGUCUCGCAACACAACAUGGUGGUGCGGUCAAUGGGAUUGUUGACCAUGUUGCUCUUGAUGAUGAGUGGUUAAGCCUGCGAACGUACAUGAGGCGGGGCAAGGGCCACUUGUCACAGGAGCAGCUGGUCAGAUCCCUUCUGACUGAUGCCACCCUGGCACUGUUGUAUCCCAACAUGAGGUUGCUGGCAUCAGUGUUGAUGGUCAUUCCAGUCAGCACUGCUGACAGUGAGAGGUCCUUCAGCACACUGAAGAGGAUAAAGACAAGGCUGCGGAGCCGUCUCAGCAACGCGGUGCUGAAUGACCUCCUGACCAUCAGCAUUGACGGACCGCACGUCAAUGACUUUGACUUUGCUAGGGCGGUGACCAAGUGGGCUGGGCUGAAAAACCGCAGGAUCAGUGUGUAGCCCCAUUAAUGUUAUGAUGUCCAUAUUCAUUGCAAUCAAUGCUGUAACGUAGUGCAAGACCAAUCAAAGACUGUGUUAAGGAUUGGUACAUCCCUGCAAUUCUAUUGUAAGAACUUGAAGUUAUAUUUUUCACUGAUGUGAAAUACAUGUGUACUUAGUAGAUAGUACUCAAGAAGUUAUCAUUUGUAGACAGUACAGUAGACAGUACAUUUUUCUUUUGUAUCCCUUUUAUUUUUUAUCCAGAAGACUAUUUUCAAC